GUUCCUCAGGUUGAUCCCGCGCCGUGCCGUGACCUUCCGCCCCCUUUGGGAAGUCCCUGACCUCACCAAAACUUUUUUCUCCUGAGAAGACAGCAAAGAUUCAAUUCUUCUCUCAUCAGCGACUUUCAUCAACCUCUGUGUGUAUCAACAAAAUUUCAUCUCACUUUUAUUACUCUGUAACUGUACCAACACUUAGACUGUGUAAUCCUGCUCUUUGAGGUGUGUAAAACUAGUUCCUUUCGUCAUACUCCUGUUCUCUCUGCAUCCAGCACAAGCUUCCCUUUCCCCUUACCAAGCUGCCCAUCAUCCACCUUACCUUACCUACCUUGCCCAUUUCCACAUGAAAGUCGUCGGAGCUACCAGAGCUGGUUGUGCGGCCAAUGCGGUUCUCAUGCAAGCCAAUUGGGCUGUCAGAAUGGACGGUAAAGCUUUGCCAACCAGCCUCUGCAGCUUGAUAUGCUGCCACAAGAGCCAUUGAGUCUACCUGGCAUCUUGAGCAAAGCUCCACGCACGAGCACAGGCCUGGACUUCUCCUGUAUGGCAACACACUGGCAACAGCGUCGAGACUCGAGAGCACCAGCCCACGGUGACGCCGCCGCUAUGGAUGGUGCCAUAGUUCAUGCCGGGGAGACUGGACGGCUUCAUUGGCCUUCGGCUGUUGCAUGUUUUGAUGCUCGUCGAUGGCCGAUGCGUUGCCUUUCCUUUACGGCUUGUCACGUCACGUCACUCGAUUCGUCCACCGCCGGUCCGCCGCCGUCGCCGCUGCUGUACCAUCCACUCAUCUGUCCAAGCUACCAUCCCCCCGCCCCCGGUGGACGCAAGAUUCCACGAGCUUCCGAAGGGUUGUCAAGGGACAACGUGGGCCAGUGGGGGACGGUGACUUGGCCGCCGACAGCCAGACAAACGACUCCAUACAGCUGUGCCAGCUUGCUGUCGUUGCCCCCCUUCCCAGGGUACCUCCCUUGUCGCUCCAAUGGCCAGCGGCCUCGGGGUUUUGACGUGCAUUCGUCUGGCCUGCUCGUGCCGCACCGUGGGUUACCAAUGGCUCUCUCUCCUGUUCGCUAUCCUGCUCGGAGGUAUUUACGUCUCUAUGAGCUGCGGGUGAGAGAGUUCAUCCAGGUACCGGUGUCAAGCUGGCAGGCUGGUGGAGGUACAAGCCGUCAUCCUCUAGCACACCGUCUUCAGCUCAGGCAUUGCCGCGGUGGGAUGUUUCUCUCUUCUCGGCUUCUGAUUGAGAAUCGUUUUCGUUCCCAACGAUGCCGGCUGGCCGGGUAACUGGGAUGGUUGAGCUUAACUUGCGUUUGCUGUUUUGCUCUGCUUAUCCGGUUUGCCUGUCGAGCUAGGUGCAAGGCGGGGUUGAAUGGUUCAUGAAGUCAUCCCACUCAGCAGCUCUUUGACACUGGCUUUUGCCUCGCACUUUUGGUUCGACUGGAACAAAGUCAAGCCAGCAUCAGCACAAGCAAUUGGGCUGGUGUGCUAGCUGGGUUGGACCGGACUGAACUGGCGGGCUGAGGCGAGACGGAACCGAAGCAAAGACCCAAGCAGAGAAAGCCGGGAAGAAGAUCCCUUUGCCCCUCGUUUCCUUCCUGCCCUCUUCCCAGUUAUUGCAACUUUCCAUUGCGCCUGCCCCUCCCCGCCGCAUCGCCUCCUUCCUUCCCUCCCACAACGCUCCAACCCAACCCCUCCUUCCCUUCCGUCACCUUGACCGUCGGCGGUACUUGCGCCUUGUAUCCCCUCCCCCCCCCCCC